AAUGCAAUGAACAGAUCAAACGAAUUUGAGUGGAAGAUUCCAAAAUUGGAGGAGCCUGAGAAUAUUCAAGAUGUAAAUUUAUUUGAAGAAACUGAACCGGAAAAAUUUACAAAAGGAUAUAUCAAAGAAGAACUUCCCGAUAAGAUUUGCUCAACUGUUCGAAAAGUGAUUAAAAUUCCACGAUCGGCUCUGGAAAAGGUGGGAGUUCGUUUGCAUGAUGAUGAACAAAAACCUACUCAUUUGCUAUCUGACGACAUAAAAACAGAACCUAUUGAAGAAGCUACACAUGUGAACGUCAUUCAAACUCCGAGUUGGAAACCAAAGUUUCAGUGCAUUUCUGAUCUUCUCAAAGAUGAUACAACUGAUUUUGAUUGCGAAAUGUCACUGGGAAGUUCUGUGCUGUUUGAUCGCCCGGAUUCGUCUUUGCCAAUUAAAAAGAUCUGUCCAGGAUUCCCAAAGAAAGUGGGAAGUAUUCCAUCCAACAAAAGGAUCAUGUCUGAAAGCCAAGUGAGACGAGAGUUGAACGCUAGUUUUGCAAGAAACUGCCACCCAACAGCGAUUGGAAUGCAGAAACUAUCCGAACGGUGUGGAAUACGAUACAAGACAAUUUUUGACAAUUUUGAGACAAUUAGAAAAGACGGAAAAAUUGAAUGUGAGACAAAUGACGCGUGUUGUCGAAUUCGGGAGUUUUUGUCUCGUGAAACGGAUACUACUUCCUACAUAGAAAUUACGAACGAAGUGCAAACUGUAUUGGAGGACGAGAUUGAACUUCACCUUCUCUCACGGAAAAGGUUCACUCUUGGAUAUGUUCAUGUGAUAAUGGAGAAAACUGACUUAGCACCUUCCUACAUUCGUGCACAAUAUGAAAACUGGAGAAGGAAGCUUUCGACAAAGGAUCGUGGAUCGUGGAAAAUCGGGGAUAGUGAAGCAGAAAACAGUGUAUUGUCAGCUGAAGUUUCAAAACAACUCGAAGAAGCAUUCCUGCAAAGAACAAAUAACCGCGAGGAUAAAACGCUACGACCAAAAGAUAUCAAGGCUCUUUCAACUCAAUUGGAGAUUAAUGAAAAAGAAAUUGAAAAUUGGAUUGCUAAGAAAACUGAAGCAACAUCGGGAUCAAACUCUACCGAGCAGCAGCAAAAACACAACAUUUUGAGAAUCUUUGCAUCUUGUCGUAGGAGACUGCCAAAACUGAAUAUUGAAGGGUUGAACAAAUACUUUGCAAAAAACAACAAGCCUGGUGUGAGACAACGAGAAAAAAUCGCAAAGAAACUAGGGCUCAGUGAACGUCAAGUCAGAAACUAUUUCAAUAAGAAGCGGAUUACCGAAAGAAAACUGAAAGUUUGGAAAGAUGCGCCGAAGGACUUUUUAACUCUCUCUAAGCAAACAGUUGAUGAAAUGAUGAAAAUUGCUGAGGAACGAAGAAAACCGAAUGAUGAAUAUAUUCAAAUUGCAAAUCGUCUUGGAGUUUCCCACAUCACCCUUUGCAGCUUCAUCGACUGGCAAAAGUCGAUAUAUGCUGGCAAGGCAAAGUGAAUAAAUGUCAGUCGUGACUUUUUUAUAAUUGAAUAGUUGUUUUUCUUUCAACAAUUUUUUUAAUUUUGAAUGAUUUCCUUUUCCUAAAUUUUAAGGGUACAAGUAAUUUUUUGAGUUUGAAAUAAACAUUGAAACUU